CUAGCGUUGGUGUACUUACCCAGGAGUGAGGAGUGGGUUACAUAAGGACCCUCUCAGUAGUGUCUAAUUAUACAUCGGUUGGCUACUCUCUCUCCCGUUAUUUACUAUUUCAAAGCGCAGUUGUCUUUUAUUAUUCGUUCCAUUAUAUUCGACAAUAUCAAAACAGAACCCUCUUGACCAGAUGUUGCCGAGAAUAAUUUGACAAGUCAGCACUACACGGCGGGGAGAAGAAUAAAGACCAUGUUGGAGAGCUUUGCGCAUUUCUCCAACUCGGGUGCCCAGAACGUUAUGUGAUACGGAUUUCUUUGUGACCAUGACGUUCAUUUGAAUUGCUCACGGUUUUGUUUUUAACGAAGUUUAAUUGACAAUGAAGUACGGAAUGGUUGUUAUCACGGCUGGCUUUUCAGGUUUACUCAGCUUCAGCUUUCUUGCAGUGGCAAUUGGCAGCGACUAUUGGUACAUCAUCGAUGUGAACAAGGCGAACCAGUCGGACUUGGAGGACCUGAGUUCGCAUUCCGGUCUCUGGAGGAUCCGUGAAGGGAAAAAUGCCACCUCUUGGCCAAUCCAGUCCUUCUUUGUGGAUACCUCCAACAAAACUGACAUAGAGAAGCACCUUAUCAACUCCCACAAGGUCAUAGUCACCCUGCUGCCUCUCAGUCUGUUGCUGGUGGUGUUGGGAGGGAUCUGUGGUCUGGUCAGCUCUCUGGCCAGGAAUCCCAGCCUGCUGGCCGGCUCCGCAUCCUACUUCCUCUUCUGCA